GGAACGUGGUUGAGAUUCAGUGACAGGAAGGGAAAGAGAAAGAGAAAAUUAAAAUGAGUGAAAGAGAAUAGAAUAGAAAUAUAUGUAAUCUGGGGGAGGAAGAGGAGAGGGACAGGACCAGAGACAGAGAGAGAGACAGAGACAGAGAGUUUAGAUAAGGAUACACAUAGACAAACAGAGUGGGAUCAAAUCAUUAACGGAUGGUGAGCAGAGAGGGAUAGAGGUAUAAUUGCAGAUGUACAGAUAGUCUGACAGGAAGCGAAAGAGAGGAAAGGAGCUGGAGUAAUAGGGAGACAGGAUUGAAACAGGGAUACAGACUGCAGGGUAAAGAAAAAGGAAUAAAAUUCCCAAGGAACAGGGAGUUGAGGGCGGCGUUGAGCUGGGGUCCCCUCAGAACUGUGGAAACAUUAGGUAUCGACAGUGUGGGGAGAGGGAAUGGACUAAGAAAGACCAGUUAACUGAGGGGACCAAGGAUUAAGGGGGGAGGCAGCGAAGUCCAAAAACUGGAAUUAUCGUCUCAGCUUAAAGUUCGGAGUUCAUCUCCUGCUCAGGCAGAGUUCAGUUUGACCCUCAGAGCUGGUCAGUGGCCGGAGACUGGACAGAGAGCCCGAGGAAUCUCUGAGAACUACGCAGUCUUUGAGUUUGAUGAGUGCAAGCGCAGAACUUGAAUGUGUAGGUGCAAACUCUCCAUGAAGAAGAAAAAAACACUUGCAGGGAAAAAAGAAGCAUUUUGUGCACAGUGUGCUGAUACUGCACGGAGAUAGGUUGUUUUAUAUAGGGGGAGUGAGAGUGGCCCAUGGCAGUUGUGAGAAACUUCAAGGUUAGAUAGUAACCUGGAGAUUAGGCUCUUUCAGGAGUUUUUCACACUUAACAUCCUACAGGCUGGAAAUUUCAAGCUGACUUUGAGAAUUAAGAGCGGAGUAGAUUUCUUUUGCAGAGCAUCAUUUAAAGAUUGGAGUUAGUUCAGUCAGUGGGUUAACCCUGCCCUCCCAGUAGAGAAUGCCUGCUCCUCCAAACACAGCUUUCUCUGUCCGCCUGCUCGCUGUUUGGAAAUCUCUCUUCACUGGCAAAUAUCUGUUCGUCACUAACACUGUUAGCUGCGGGGCUCUGAUGGCGACUGGGGACUUGAUACAACAAACCCGAGAGAUCUGGCGGGAGCCCGACCGUGUGCGGGAAUGGGCUCGAACAGGACGAAUGUUUGCAACUGGCUGUUUAAUGGGCCCCUUUGGGCAUUUCUGGUACGGGGCCCUGGAUCGAAGGUUCCCAGGAAGGACCAAACUCAUUGUGCUGAAGAAGGUCUUGUUGGACCAAACCAUUGCCUCGCCCAUCUUUGGCCUCAUCUAUUUUGGCGGAAUGGGGAUGUUAGAAGGCCAUCAUCCAAUCAAAUGCCUGAUGGAAUUCAAGAGGAAAUUCUGGAAAUUUUAUAUGGCGGAUUUGAUGUUGUGGCCUGGAGCCCAAAUGAUCAACUUCUACUUCCUUUCUCCAAAAUACCGCGUCCUCUACGUGAAUGUAGUGACUGUCGGCUGGGAUACUUUCCUCUCCUACCUUAAACAUCAGGAGCAGGACGAUGCAGCUCUCGCAUUGGACGAACAGCAAGCUGGAUCAGGGAGCUCGGUGAAACUGCAGUAAGAUGAACCGUCGCUGCUCCGAGUCCCUGAUGGCCUGUAGGCUGAAGAGCAGUCAGUCUCUGAUGUCUGGUCCAGGCAACCCUGACCUUCAAUGUGCAGGCAGCUGGCAGUUGGAGAAAGGUCUCCGCUGCGAUGUUCUGAACAGUUUUUUUUUUACUCAUUGAAAUUAUCAUUCUAAACUGUUAAUAAAUUUAAACUUUUUUAAAUGAGG